GUGGGUUGAGCGCUACAAUGAGCCCAUCACCAAGAUCUCCCUCACGGCCAUCUGGUCAUUGCUGUCUCUAUCUUCUCUGUUGGUGGCAUCUUUGGCUCCUUUUCUGUCGGACUCUUUGUCAAUCGCUUUGGAAGGAGGAACUCUAUGCUCCUGGCCAACAUCCUGGCCUUCAUCUCAGCCAUUCUGAUGGGCUUUUCAAAAAUGGCGAGCUCCUGGGAAAUGCUGAUCAUCGGGCGUUUCGUGGUGGGCCUCUACUCUGGUCUCACCACAGGCUUUGUGCCAAUGUAUGUGGGUGAGGUUUCCCCAACAUCCCUAAGAGGAGCCCUGGGCACCCUCCACCAGCUCGGCAUUGUCAUCGGCAUCCUCGUUGCACAGGUGUUUGGAAUGGAGCAGAUCAUGGGCAACGAUAACUUGUGGCCUCUCCUCUUGGGCUUCACCUUCGUCCCUGCAGUGGUUCAGUGCAUCCUACUGCCUCUCUGCCCCGAGAGCCCCCGUUUCCUGCUCAUCAAUAAGAACGAAGAGAACAAGGCUAAGGCUGUGCUGAAGAAGCUCAGAGGCACCACAGACGUGAGCGCUGACAUGCAGGAAAUGAAGGAAGAGAGUCGGCAGAUGAUGAGGGAGAAGAAGGUGAACAUUGUGGAGCUGUUACGCUCGCCCCUCUACCGCCAGCCCCUCAUUGUUGCUGUGGUCCUGCAGCUCUCCCAGCAGCUGUCUGGCAUCAACGCUGUAUUUUACUACUCUACUCGUAUCUUCGAGAAAGCCGGGGUUGAGCAGCCCGUCUACGCCACCAUUGGAGCCGGUGUUGUCAACACAGCUUUCACUGUGGUGUCGCUGUUUGUCGUAGAACGUGCAGGACGUAGGUCUCUGCACAUGCUGGGGCUGCUGGGAAUGGCCGGAUCUGCCAUCUUAAUGACUAUUGCCUUGGCUCUGCUGGACCAGCUCAAAUGGAUGUCAUAUUUGAGCAUUGUGGCCAUUUUUGCAUUCGUUGCAUUCUUUGAGAUGGGACCGGGUCCCAUCCCCUGGUUCAUUGUGGCAGAGUUGUUCUCGCAGGGACCCAGGCCUUCAGCCAUUGCUGUAGCUGGUUUCACCAACUGGACUGCCAACUUCAUAGUGGGAAUGGGAUUCCAGUAUGUAGAGGAGUUGUGUGGCCCCUACGUGUUUGUCAUCUUCACUGUGCUGCUGCUCUUGUUCUUCAUCUUCACCUACUUCAAAGUGCCGGAGACCAAGGGCCGGACGUUUGACGAGAUCUCGGCUGGCUUCCGACAGACUCCUGUUGAAAAGCAUUCGCCGGAGGAGCUCAACAGCCUGGGAGCUGAUUCUCAGCUCUGAGUGAAUGUUUUUAACUUCCAACAAACUCUUUCUCAGACCUAGAAGGAAUGAGAAGGGUCUACUAACUAAAGUAGACCGAUCCAUCGGUAGAAUAAUUUUCAUACUGUCACCGCAUUUCGGGUGCCAUUACCAGACACAGAGCAACUCCUUGUGAUUCUCCAGCAUGAUGUCUUCCGCUGCCCCUCUCAGGUCAAAUGUGGCAACAAAAACUUGAUGGGCACUAUGUCGCCUGGCAGAUGUGCAGAGAGGAGUUGAGGGUAGAUGGGGAAGGUUUUUAAUAUUUUAAAGAUAUUUUAAAGAAGGAAAAGGAGUGCCUGCUUCAAUCAACCAAGUUUUUUAAACUUUUUUCCUCUCAGUAUGUUAUACUAUGUGCUUAUGCUCUGUUCUCUAUAGCCUGUUACAAUAUAGUCAGUUAGUUAUUCGGUUAAAGAACGCUGUAGCUGUAGAGAUCAGUUCAAUGUGCAAAAUAUGUUUUUAUCAAUCAUACUGUAAAGCUGUAUCACUGUAGACUCUAGCACUGUAGAUGCUGUGCAGCUCGACUUUAUCUCUCCCCACCAGAUGGUGCAAUGUCCUUUUAAAAAAGGGUCCCAACUCUCUACUGACAAUAAAUAAGUUAUUUUUACUUUUUAAUGAAAUAUAUUAGACGAUAUUGUUGUUACUUAUUUACUACUGCCAGACAAUAUUUUACUCUUUUUAUUGUAGGACAAAAACUUUUCUUACUGAAAAUGUCAUGUUUUAGAGAUUGAUGGUCAUGAAGACAAAACAGAUUAAUUCACCGUUUAUGUAUUUUUAUAUCAUUCCUUCUUACCAUUACAUUUGAUUAAAUUGACAUUGACUGUGCACAUGGAACAGUACCAGCACAGAAACCAGAGUACUUAACUUGGCAGUGAAGUGAAUAAAUAAAUCAUCCAUCCAUUUUCCAUGACAUGAGAUAAGUACGCACUCAAAAUCAACAGCCCCAAAACCAAAAAUCUGUCUCAGAACAUUUGUGAGUUUUAAGUGCCUGUCUAAAGAAAUCAAGCCUCCUCUGCCUCCAGCCAUCCAGCCUUAUCACUUUAUAGCAGUUUCAGGUCAGAUUGGCCUGAUCCAGACUGAAAGCUUCUGUCAAUGGAUGAUUUCCACUUUAGGUAUUUUUGAUUACACAUGAAGUUUCACAGUCUGGUGAAUUGGCUUGAGCGCUGUGACGAUCACACAAACAGGAACUGAAAUGCUGCAUGCUGUUCCUCUGUGACAGCUACAAAGCAACUUAAAAAAAAAAUAAAGCAAGAACGGGGACCAAAAUGAAUGUCUGCCUUUUGGAAGGUUUUGAUUAUCCUGAAAGUGCUUUUCACCUGUGUCCCAGUGUUCCUUCCACUCCAUAAUGUUCAUUAUGUGUCCUAGGAGGCGGACACAUGGUGCAAGGCUUGUUUUAUGCCUUGUGCACUAAAUUCUGCAGUAUUUUAGGCUCUCUCUCUCUUUUGGUUGUGUACUGUACUGUAUACUGUAGCUGGUGGAGAUACCCCCCCCUGUGUCAUCUGGCUCACUUUGCCUAGCUGUACAAGUCACUGUCUACGACUGCUGUAUCAUUUGUCGAACUUCUCUUCUCUUUAAAUGCGUUGUUUAAGGAAAGUUAUCUUUUUAGCAGCACUUUAUUAUUCACAGUAAUAUUUCUUUGUCACUGAAACAAAAACUGAGGUUGUUUCAGUUGUUUUUGACUCACAGUGUGGAAUCUUUGUUACUGAAGAAAGACUGAAGUACUGCUGAUGGAUUACUUGAUGUUUUUGAAAUGGAAAUGUGUGGAAUUGUAUCAUUUGUUCACAUCUGUGAACAAAUGAUACAAUUGUGUACACACAUA